AUGAGCAGUCUUCCACUAUCUAAACUAACAGCAUUUUUAUUUCUGAUAUGCUGUCUUGUCGCUGUUGUGUACUACAACAAGCAAAAAAUUGUUUAUAAAAUAAGAGAGUGGUACUUUAGAAUGAAAAGAAGUUUUGGUUACUCUAUCAAUCUUAAUGACUCCUUUGUUGACGAUUUAGAAUCGGGAUUGAGCUCACAUAAUUUUGACAUAAUUUCUCAAAAUGAAGAGGAUUCGAGAUCAGGUUUAGACGAACUCGCUAAAGCCGAAAUUAGUAAAAUUAUGAGGGAGGACCAUUUGAAUUUUGACAAAGCUAGAUUGCUUUAUAUUGAGAGAAAAUUUCAUCAGCAUGGAAUCGCGGCAGAUGGCACUCCGACGGAUCCUAGAGCUGUUAUGUUCAAUUGA